AUGGCCGCCGGUCAGUCGGUAUCGAACCGCCGCGCCGAGCGGAGCUCCUACGCUGAGUCGCGCGCGCGUAGGCACGGGCGACGGCACUCGCUCCGCUCCGCUCCGCUAUACGCUCCGUCCGCUACCUCGCUCGCGCGCGGUGGUCGAGACACCCGGUGGGAAGAGACACGACGCUACCAGGGGCACUCUCCGGAUAUCUGGCGGGCGCGCGCGCCACGACAUCCGGCGCCUCUCUUCGUACAUCGAUGGGUCCCCUGGAGUUCCACCGUCGUCUCCUCCUCCUCCUCCUCGUCGUCGUCGUCAUCGCCGUCGCUGUCAAUUCCGCUCGUCUCGCCCCGCGCGUUCACCGGGAAAUUCUCGAGGUGGCCAACCGGUAAUUCCCGAGCCAAGGCCGCGCGUUCCGAAUGCUACAGAUUAGCGAGGAGAUCGGAGGGAAGAAUUAGCUCGCGAGAAAGCGUGCAAGAGAGUCAACGGAGAGAAAUUGACGCAAACAUGGAUACUGGAUCUACACAGGGUAAAAAGCAAAUCCGCGUAGGAUUUUACGACAUCGAGGGAACGAUCGGCAAGGGCAACUUCGCCGUUGUGAAACUGGCUCGACAUCGAAUCACGAAAACAGAGGUGGCUAUCAAGAUAAUCGACAAAACUCAAUUAGAUCCUACCAAUCUAGAGAAAGUUUAUAGAGAGGUCGAAAUUAUGAAACAGCUGGAGCAUCCGCAUAUCGUCAAAUUAUAUCAAGUUAUGGAGACGAAGAACAUGAUUUACAUGGUGUGUGAAUACGCGAGCAAGGGUGAGAUUUUCGACUACAUAGCGAGAUACGGAAGAAUGGGAGAGCCCAGGGCACGCGCGACAUUCGCUCAGAUACUCUCCGCGGUCGAGUACUGCCACGUGACGGGUGUGGCGCAUCGCGAUCUGAAAGCGGAGAACCUGCUCCUCGAUGCCCAGAUGAACGUGAAGAUCGCCGAUUUCGGCUUCAGCAACAGAUUCGCCCCGGGGGAACGAUUGAGCACGUGGUGCGGCAGCCCACCAUACGCCGCACCCGAGGUCUUUCGCGGGAAGCAUUACGCCGGACCGGAAAUCGACGUAUGGAGUCUGGGUGUUGUGUUGUACGUGUUAGUGUGCGGUGCGCUGCCCUUCGAUGGAUCAACUCUUCAGUCAUUAAGAGAUCGUGUGCUGAGCGGCAGAUUUAGAAUUCCUUACUUUAUGAGCACAGAUUGCGAAAGCCUAAUACGCAAGAUGUUAGUGCUGGAGCCUUCCAAACGGUACACCAUUCCACAAAUCAAGAGGCACCGUUGGAUGGCGGGGACGGCAGAUAGCAUUUGUUCGGUGAUCGUAACGCGACCAUCGUCAUCCAUUCAGGAACCAAAUGAGCAAAUACUUCGACUCAUGCACAGUUUAGGAAUAGACAUUAGCCGCACUAGAGAGUCUUUACGAAAUAGCAGCUAUGACCAUCACGCUGCUAUUUAUUUCUUACUGCUGGAAAGGUUGAAGCAACAUCGUGUCAGUAGUACCAUUAAUAAUGCCUGCUGGUCCACAGUUGCAAGAACGAAAGAAGAUAAAUUUAAAUCAAGGGCAAGGGAAGAUAACGGCAGAGGGGGAAAAAGAUUUAGCUCGACGAGUUCUUCGACCGAUGAAGGUUGUUGCAGUGCAGAAGGUGAAUUAGAAGAAGGCCCGAGCGGAGACGAGUUGCGCGAGGCGCAGAUCAAACUCGAGGAGCAUAGAUUAGGCCUAGAUCACGAUAUCAGUCAACGAAUUGACAGUCAAAUAGUCAAUCGAAGAUUAAGUGAUUAUCAGCAUCAUUUUGAUAACCCGCUUAUGGAUCCUAUUGAUCCACCCAGCCGUACGACUUUGUUCAUGGCGGGCGGCAGCGGUAGCUCGUCGUCCGAACUCUUCGAAUCCAGUUUCGAUUCUGGCUGCCCGCCAGAUUAUACAGGGACGAAUUGCUUCACGAGCAGCUUACCAUCUUGCACACCACCACCACCCAAAAGUCCAUCCCCUAUCACUGGCCGAAUAUCCCGAGUCUCUCAAGGACGAAGAGCGUCCGAUGGUGGACCUAGAUUACUGUUCUGUCAACAAGGUGUCAACGAUAGACCAUCCAAGCAGAGGAGUAUUCAAGAUUCGGGAAAAGCUCGAGGCCAUUUGGAUCUAGUCCAUCUUAGACCACCGUCCACACCGCCCGAUAAUCAACAGCAAUUUAAGAUGCGCGGCGACUCGGGCACGCAGCUACAGCUCCUGGUGCAGCAACGUAUGUUGCAGCAAAAGCGUAAUUUGUAUCACCGGCACAGGGGUGACGGUAGUCCAACCCCGAUCCCAGUUUCCACCACCGGCAGCACUAGCAGACGUGCCGAUCACGUACCGAGGCAAGACAGCUACAAGCUGGCACAACGUACACAGAUUUUGCCGCCUCUCUCUCAGGGACACGUCGAUAGAGACUUCGACAGAGAUAGAAAGCGAGACGAGGAGAGGUGGAAGAGUCUACCGUCCCGCUUGGCAGCGGACUGCCAGUUGGCGGAGAGGUCGCUAAUAUGGAGCCAGCAGGUGGGUCUUAGUGGAGGUGCGUCUUAUCUACCACCUGGCAGUGUAGGUGGUUUCUUGUGGCCCGCCACCAGCAAUCCACAUUCAACCAUCUUCGAAAAUGUAGGGGAUCCAAUGGAAUAAAAUUUCUGUUCAUUAUUAGUAAUUGCCUCGAGAUCUUGCGUAUGAAAAGCCAGCUGAAUUAUUAUAUCAACUCUCAGCAGAGUGUGUUCCCUCCCUAGUCUUUCCACGUUGACUUUUAUUAAGAUAGUUGCAUAUCAUUUUGCAUCUCAUAGAGAAACGCUAAGAUAUAUACGAAGGGUUUAAUAAUGUUCACCCAUCAUAAUAAUUAUAUAUCUUUACAUACUCAAGAUCUCCGAUUAGAUGUAUGGUACAUGUUACUGAAUGCCAAAGAUUUAACAAUUUUGUAUUGGUCUGAAAUGUCGGUACUCGAGGAUUUGACUGAAACGCUAAAAACUACGUACAAUAUUCCAUAUAAAUCGUUACAAUAAAAAAUUCACCACUGUAUCGUAUUUCAUAGAGUUACACUCGUCGCUAUUGUACUGUACAUUUGCAUGAGUACACAUAUGUGUUACUAAAAAAAAAAAAAAAAAAAAAACUCAUGCAGAGGAAUCUUUAUCAUACAGUAACACGUGUACCUGCCUUAUUAAAAUGACUGAAUCUACCAGUCAAAUAUCCAAUUAUAUCAUAGACUGAUAAUUAACAAGUUGAAACACCAAACGAAUUUAGUUGAAGGGCAAGUGGCAUAUGACUUGCUUCACAAACUCCGCUAUUGGCAAGAGCAUGACGAGAAGGUAGAAGAGGGAAGGAGAAAACUGUCGGAUUUUCAAGUAUUAUUAACGGGGUUUUUAAUUGACAGAUUCAGGUAGACAUAUAGAAGGCUUAGAGCUCGUUUAUUUUCGCAACUGCUCAUGUGUAUAAAAACGAGUAACAGGAUAUUACGAAUUUAAAUCGCUAUAAAGUAAAUCGAUAUAAAAUAAAUCCUCAGAGGAUAAUCUGUACUGCCAAUAAAUGAGAGAAAUGCGAAUGCUCAAAUUGUUGACGAGAUACUAAAAAAUAUAUUAUAGAAUAAGGCAUUAAAAAAAAAGAUAAAAAGUGAAAUAUCAACGAUAAGGAAAUAACAGCGACUGAAAUAGGAUUAAAGUUCUUUUGAUAGCGGAGCACCAAGUACUAUGCCAUUUUCGCUUUUCCAUUAAUUUAAUCGAAGAGUGGAAAUACGACGCGGGUUGGAAAGAACUCUUUCGUUUUCUUAAUAAACGUUCCAUUGUACAAAAUUAGAGAUGUUUUCCUCUUCCACUCUUCGCGAUGGUGACUAUAGAGAAUAGAGAAAAUAAUAACGAAAAAACAAUAAUAUUAGCAGUAAAUAGUAGCUAAUAUGUCAGAAGUGCUGCAUUCUGUAAAGAUGUUUAAUCGUUUAAUAUGAUCAUUUCUUACAUAA